GAAAAAAUUCUGUGACAUCAUUUGAAGUUGAUAUAACACACACAGUACGUCUGCUGUAGUCACGUGAGGGAGUUCGGAAAUUAUGGACUGGAUUUAACAGGGAAACAAAAGACAUUUUCCAAACAGCAGUGAAGUGGCAAGGAGACGUAACUCGUCAUGUGUAGCUGUUUGGAUUAUGGAACGUUGUGAAGCCGGUUCAAAUGAAGUCGCACAGCUGGAUAGCAGCCGUGAUGGUGUGCUGGACUGUACUUGUCAGCGGUCAAAUGUACAAUAGACACAGACCUUCCAAUCGUUACAAUCUGGCCUCACCCUUGGACUACCGAGAUACUGGGGCAAGUCGGAGCCUCGGGGCUUUAGCCCCUUCCUUGUACGCACAGACACAAAGACCUCCCCAAUCAAAGUCAUACUCCAUGUCUCUGAUACUGCAGGGCAUUUACCAAAAGUCAAGGCCGGGUCACAGUACUCCACCGCCGCCCACUGAAACAACCCCAAACCUAAGUAUUGAAGAAAUGGAGUCCAUAUGGAAGAGAAUCGAACCACAUCUUGGCCCCAAAGACGCCAACAAUAGUAAUGACUACACAAGGUCAAGGAUGCUUCUGAUGCUGCUUACAGAGGAGUGCAGUCGAAUGAUCAGUAGUGGGAGCCCAAGGACAAGGUCGUUUUGUCAGCAGCUUAACAACAGAUUUCCGUAAAGAUUUGAAGAGAAAAACAAAGAAGCAAAAGGAUUAAUGUUUUAAUGGAAAUAUACUUGACAUGUUCACUGAAUUACUAGCUAUAAGAUACAAGCUCUAUUAUUAGACUUAUCACUGAUACUAUAAGCACCAAGAGAGGGGGGUGAGAGAGCCAGAGGUACUGAGAAAGAGAAGGGAAACGAAAGAAAGAGUUUUAAACAAAGGAAUCGUGGUGGCUUAGUGGUAAAGCGUUUGGCUACCGAACAGGGGGUCCCGUAUUCAAAACCUGGUAAAGACUGGGAUUAUAAAUUUCGGGAUCUUUAGGUACCUCUUGAGCCCACCCAGCUCUAAUAAGUACCUUACAUUCGUUGGGAAAAAGUAAUGGCAGUUGGUCGUUGUGCUGGCCACAUGAUACCCUCGUUAUUCGUUGACCAUAGAAAUAGAAGACGCUUAUCUGCCCUAUAGAUCGCAAGAUCUGAAAGGGAAACUUUUUUUUACUUAAAAAAAGAGAGAAAAUGAAAGAGUGUGGUAAGAAUGAGAGUGAGCAAAAGAGAAAAAAGAAUGGAGCUAAAAGAGACAAUAAAGAAGAGAAUAAAAAGAAAAAGACAAAAAAGGAAAAUAGUGCGAGAGAAAACGGAGAAAGUAAAAGGGAGUGAGACCAAAUGAGAGAAAAAAGAAAAUAAGAGAAAGUAUUUUUUUUUCUAUAGUUAUCAUGUUUUUUUGUUUGGUGUAAUGCACACAUUGUAAGACAAAUUUCAUUAUGGACAAUAAAGAUUUAUAUUAUUACAA